AUGUCUGACAACAACUACGAAGACAAGGAAGCCAAGCUAGUGGGUGUCCACGCUGUAGCCGAUAGCAGCGUCGACUCCAGCGAUGGCGAGACCAGUACACUCGAGUGGUCACCUGAAGAAGAAAAACGUCUUGUGCGGAAGGUUGACUUUAUUGUCAUGCCAUUGCUAAUCAAACUAAUGUCCGAGUCAGGCUUGGGUUUUUCGUACUGCAACUCGAUCGAGGCAACAUAUGUCGGUAUUACCCAGAAUCAAUUCAAUAUUGGCCAACAGUUGCUCUCACUUGGCAUUGUUUUACUCGAGAUACCAUCCAACAUCAUCCUCUACCGCGUCGGGCCCAGUCUCUGGAUCGGAACCCAAAUCAUUGCCUGGGGGUUUGUUGCUACAUUCCAAGCAUUCCAAAAGGGAGUUGGGGCCUUCAUGGCGACCCGCCUCCUGCUCGGAAUGUGCGAGGCGGGCUUUAUCCCGGCAGGUUUGUACACUAUCACACGAUGGUAUACGCAAGUCGAAACGAGCAAGCGCUUCUCGUGGUACUUCAUCGGCAACAUGCUAGCAGGAGCUACAUCAGGUCUGAUUGCCUACGGCAUAGGCGUCAAUGGUCUCGCCGGUUGGCAAUGGCUUUUCAUCCUUGAAGGCAUUUUGACACUAGCCGUGGGAAUCACUUUCAUUUCUCUUUUUCCACAGUCAACCAGUCACCCUGUCUCGCUGUUUGGCUACCGGUACUUCACGGAACGAGAAGCGCAGAUUCUCACCGCUCGUGUUAUUCGGGACGAUCCUUCCAAGCGCCAUGCAAAGCAACACGUCAGCCGAAGCGAGCUCAAGGACGCUGGUAAGACCAUUCAGUGUUUAGAAUGGGCGUCCACAGGGCUGACAGGAUGCAGUGACCACUGGGGCCGCCGUGGGCCGUUGGUCUUCCUCGGUGUCACAUUUUUUGCUGCCGUGGCGAUUGGUAACCGAGCUCUGAUCUAUUCCGAUGAUGCCAAUGCCAAAUUCGCGUUGCUGAUGUUAGUCGGAGCCUUCGCGGCGCCAUGGCACCCCCUCAACGGUUCUUGGAUGUCACUUAAUGCUAAGUCGGCGGGCGAAAGAUCCAUCACCUUUGCCAUUCUAAUUAUGUCAGCCAAUAGCAGCGGUAUCGUUGGAGGACAGCUGUUCCAGCAGGAGGACGCUCCGCUUUACAGAACUGGCUGGUCGGUCAUCAUCGCACUUGUCUCGUUGGCUGUCUUCUCCUCGGCCGUGUCCAAUAUUCAGUACUGGGUAUUGAACAGACGGAAUGCUAAGAACGGAAUAGACUAUCGCUACAAGCUGUGA